AUGGCAGGCAUGGCCGUGAGCGCUGCCACUGGGGUGAUGAUCUCACUCCUCUCCAAGCUAUCGCUGCUGCUUAGUGAUCAGUACAGGCAGCUCAAGGGGGUCCGAAGGGAUAUUGAGUUCCUCAACCGUGAGUUGACUGACAUGAAUGCUGCAUUGGAGAAGUUAGCGGGCAUGGACAAACUUGAUGUCCAAAAGAAGGCGUGGAGAGACAAGGUUCGUGAGAUGGCUUAUGAUAUCGAGGAUUGCAUCGACAUAUUCAUGCACCAGCAUGGCCAGGGAGAUGACAAGGACAGCUUAGUUAACAAGACUGCACGCAAGAUUACGAAGCUGCGAGCGCGGUACCAGAUUGCCAACAAGAUUCAAGAGCUCAAAGCUUGUGUUGAGGAGCAGAGUCAAAGCCGAGAUAGGUACAGGAUACAUGAAUCUAUCUCAAAGUCUGGAGUGGUGGAAGUUGACCCAAGGCUGCCCGCGCUGUUUGAGGAUGCAAAAAGGCUUGUCGGCAUUGAUGGUCCACAGUCAGAAAUCAUCAAAUUGUUGCUGGAAGGUGAUGGUGAUCCUGGACAACUUAAAGUGGUAUCCAUCAUGGGAUUUGGUGGUCUUGGCAAGACAACACUUGCAAACCAGGACAUACUAUCUAAAGUUGGAUAUGGUGGCACGGAAAUGGAAGAUGACGUCCAAAAGCUUAUUGAGAUCAUUAGAGCAUCGUUCAAGAAUAAGAGGUACCUUGUCAUAAUUGAUGACUUAUGGAGCACCAAGGAUUGGCGCACUAUUGAGUGUGCUUUUGUGGAAAAUAAUUAUGGCAGUAGAGUGACAACUACCACACGCAAUCAAGAUGUUGCUACAGCUUGUUGCUUUAGUGGUCAAGAUUAUGAAAUUCGCAAGUUUGAUUUGUUGAGAAAAUGGAUUGCUGAAGGAUUUGUUAGGGUAAAACAUGGUUUAGAUCUGGAGGAAGCUGCUGAUAACUGUUUCAAUGAACUCAUCAACAGAAGUAUGAUCCAACCUUGCUUCAAUGAUGAUGAUUCUGGUGAGGUGUGGGCAUGUCAAGUUCACGACCUAAUGCUUGAUCUUAUUAUAUCGAAGUGCAAAGAGGAAAACUUCAUCACUAUAAUUGAUAGGAAGUUUACCAUGAAUAGAGCAUCGCAAGUUCGUUGGAUCAGCCAUCAGUUCAGUCACAGAGACAUGGCCCUGUCAGUUGAAAGGAUGGAUCGAUCACAAGUUCGGUCAUAUAAUACCUUCCCUGCAGCUGAUUGUAUGCCUCCACUUUCAAUGUUUAUACUUCUGAGAGUUUUGGACAUGGACCAGGGCUCGUAUGCGGGGCCACAAUCUUUGUGCCUUGACUUGUCUGCUAUAAAUCACUUUUUUCUGCUGAGGUAUCUAAGGGUCAGAGGCUUUCAUUUGGAGCUGCCAAAGGAAUUUGGGAAACUGGAACAUUUGAUGACCAUAAAUUUGUCAUGGGCAGGGUUGUAUCUCAGUAACCAAUCAUCAGAUUUUACUUCCUUGUCGUCUUUAAGGCAUCUAUCUCUUCCAAUACUUGGAGGAAGUAUAGCAUUGAGAAAUGGGCUUAGCAUGCUGUGUAACCUACACACUCUAUUCCGUUUUGACAUCGGGAUUAAUUCCAUAGAGUGUAUCCGGGAUCUUGGCGAGUUGACCAAUCUUAGAGAGCGAAGUGUGUUUUACUCUAGGCUAGGUGAUGCAGAAGAUAAUACUGACACAAUCCUGGCUGCCUCUCUUGACAAACUUGGGAACAGCAAACUCCGCUGUCUGGUUUUUAAGGAUGUGUCAGGUUCUAGAGCCCCUUCAACACAAUUCUGGAGUAAUUGCUUGUCACGUCCACGGCAUCUGCAGAGGCUUCGUUUGGGCGGAGUAAUAGUACCCAAGAUCCCAAAUUGGAUAGCACAUGCUGACAGGUUGGCCUAUUUGUAUCAGCUAGAAGUCCAGGAGCUUUGGAGUGAUGACAUCAAGGUUCUUGCACAGUUGCCCUGCCUCAUUUUCCUCAUGUUAGAAACUAAGACAAACCCAGAGAAAAAUAUCAUUAUCCACUCAAACACAUUCCCUAGCCUGAAGCAUUUUGAUUUCUGUUGUGAGCUGUCACUCCUCACUUUUGAGCCAGCCACAAUGCCACAGCAAAGAGACUGA